GCGCAGUUUAUUUUGGUUCGGUUGUGAUUCGUAAAAACAACAAAUGAUCUAGAUUCUAGAUCUAGAUCUAGAUUGUAUUUGUAGUGGUUAUUUAAAACAUAUAACCUCUACUGUUAAGUUUGUACUCUUCAUGAACACUCAAAAAGAGAUUGUUUUUGAUGUUGGCAAUAUUUCAAGACUCGUAAACUAAAAAAAAAAGUCUUUCCCCAUAUAUUAUGCAGAAAAGGUUGUAGUUUCAGAGUUGUCUGUCUAGAUCAAAUAAUGUGAUACAAAGUUUUGAUGUAAAACUAAGACACGGUUAAGACGCCCAACAUCUGCUGGUUUGGUUCAUCUGUAAACAUUGGUCGCCACCAUGGCGACACAGGCUCCUACAUCAGCUGAUGCCUGCUUAAGCAUUGUCCACAGUUUAAUGUGCCAUCGACAGGGUGGUGAGAGUGAAAGCUUUGCCAAAAGAGCCAUCGAGAGUUUGGUGAAGAAGCUGAAAGAGAAGAGGGACGAGCUAGACAGUUUGAUUACAGCCAUCACAACCAAUGGGGCCCAUCCUUCCAAGUGUGUCACCAUCCAAAGAACACUUGAUGGCAGAUUACAGGUUGCUGGCCGGAAAGGGUUCCCACACGUCAUUUAUGCCAGAAUAUGGCGCUGGCCUGACUUGCACAAGAAUGAGUUAAAACAUGUGAAAUUUUGCCAAUAUGCCUUUGACCUCAAGCAAGACAGUGUUUGUAUCAAUCCAUACCAUUAUGAGAGAGUGGUAUCCCCUGGUAUUGACUUAUCAGGUCUAUCCCUACAUCAUGCAGUUCCUCACAUCCCCUGCACAGGGCCUCCUGGAAGGCUGGUUAAAGAUGAGUACAGCAGCAGCGCAUCCAUGACCAUUUCUGAGCAUGCCCAAAUAGGUGGUGACACAGUCCAGCAUCCACCGGCAGACUCAUUCCUCCAUAUGCCAGGCUCCCGACCCACCACCUCUGCAGCUCAUCCAUUACUUUCCCCGUCCUCCACCAGUAGCGGCUCUGUGGUGGCUUCCCCACAACAGCCAGUGGCCCCGGUCAACGUGGGAGUUGUAGGAAGCACCAUGGGGGCUGCCUUGGGCCGUUCUGAGAGUGGUGGCUCAUUGUCCCACCCCCAUCACCCGCAUAAUUCUUCCGCCAGCCAGCCCCUGUCACCUGCUCAGCAGGCCAUGCCCAGGUUGGACCUCUCCCGUCCAAGUACAAGUGGGAUAGCGUCUCACCCCAGUCCUUUGGGUGUCCCAACUCCUCCGACCCACCCUAGCCAGGUGGUGCGCAGCAAUAGCCAAGGUCAUGGUCACGGCAGCAUGGCAGCAGAGACCUAUCCAAGGCCAGUCCACAACCAGGCCAACUUGCGACAUUACCCACAAGCAUCUCCAGCAGGAUGGGGUGACAAUGCAACGCCUCCGUAUUCGCAAGCUAUGCCAUAUUGGAGCAAUGGCCAGAUGCAAGCAGAUAUGGCUUCAAUGGCACCACUUACAAACCAGCCACCUCCUGAGUACUGGUGCACCCAGACAUACUUUGAGCUUGACCAGCAAGUAGGUGAAACAUUCAAGGUCCCUUACAAUGUUAAAACUGUCACGGUAGAUGGGUACACUGACCCAUCAAGUAUUGAUCGCUUCUGUCUGGGUCAGCUAUCAAAUGUGCACAGGACUGAGGCUAGUGAGCGAGCAAGGCUUCAUAUUGGUAAAGGUGUUUCGCUAGACUACCGUGGAGAGGGUGAUGUGUGGAUCAGGUGUGUCAGUGACCACAGUGUCUUUGUACAAAGUUUUUACUUGGACAGAGAAGCUGGUAGGGCUCCUGGGGAUGCUGUCCACAAAAUUUAUCCUACAGCAUACAUCAAGGUGUUUGACAUCCGACAGUGCCACAGACAAAUGCAAGAACAAGCAGCCACAGCCCAGGCAGCAGCGGCAGCACAAGCUGCAGCCGUGCAAGGAAGUAUCGCUGGCUCCUCAGCAGUGGGAGCAAGUCUGUCAGCUGCAGCUGGAAUAGGCGUUGAUGACCUCAGGAGGCUGUGUCUGCUUCGUCUUAGUUUUGUCAAGGGCUGGGGACCAGACUACCCACGCAAGAGUAUCAAAGAAACACCCUGCUGGAUUGAGAUCCAGUUGCACCGACCCCUGCAGCUGUUGGAUGAAGUGCUCCAGGCUAUGCCUAACAAUGACUUUAAGCCUAGCAUGUCAUUCUUUCUUCAAUGAGUCAUUAGCCACUUGAAACACCAGGGGAAAAAAAGGACUACGAGUUUACUUUUUAAUUAUCUGAGCUACAGCAUUCAGCAAUGUUGACCUUUUUUUUUUUUUCAUUCAGGAAAUCCAUAGAAAAGUGUUUACCUAAUGUAGCAUUGUUGGCCAUCAUGUGUUAUUGGUGUACAUGUGUGUCUAUAUAUAUACACACACAUACAUACAUACAUAUGUAUAUGUAAGUUUAAAAGAGAUCUUCCAAACUACUGUUUUGUGUUAGUUUUUUGUGGUGAUUUUGAUAAUCAAAUGAAGUCUUCUUGUGAUUGGAUAUCAUUUUGUGAUGUAAACAUGAUGCCUAACGUUCUCAUCUUGGCCCUGGUUAGUUUCUGCUUUGUGCUCAGACACAUUGUUAAGUGUAUAUUUCUUUUAUCUACCGUUGCAUCCAAUUAUUGCACAAUCAAGGAAUCAAGAAGGCCUUUACCUUUUUUUUUUUUUUAAAACUUAUUAUUUUUGUGUUAAAUAUCAUUGUGCAGCUGAUCUUGGCAGCCUGCUUGGAAUACUUUGACAGAUUUACUCAUGUGACUUUUUAAAAAAAAUGAAUUAUGUUGACCUUUAAUGGAUGUAUAGGGGGGUGUGAUAUUUACUGAAAGAUUCUCUGAAAUGGUUUAAGUCAUUCAGCUAAUGUCUAAAUUGACCCUGUGUUGGGUGGCAUGACCAAAGCGAAGAUGCUCUGCAUACUUAUCCAGACUACUACCUCAUGGCCCUAAGGUCAAGCAGAGCCGCUCUUCUGAUAUCUAUUUCUCGAUCAGUUUUUGCCACCCAGAGCAUAUCGCUAUCACCCUCAUUUGUCUCUUGCAAUUUCUCAAUUGUACACAUUAUACAUUCAUGAACUCAUCGCAUGGCCAUCUGAGCAGUGGCGUAGCUAAGGUGUGUG